UGCUGGGUGUUCCCGGUGUUGGAGUGUUCGAUAAAUAGCAAAAUUUUGGGGGUUUUGAUGCACAGACAGACAACAGAAACUGUCAAGUUUUUCCUUUAGUCAAAUAAGCCUAGGUGAAUGACUUUCAGAAGAUACCUGACUAUCCAGGCAGGUAGCUGAAAUGUCUAAGGUAGGUGUACGACAAGUCGUGGACCCGGUGCACCUCGGGGAAGGACCCCAUUGGGAAGAAAACAACCAAAGCUUAUUGUUCGUUGACAUUAUGUCAUGUGAGCUUCAUAGAUACUUCCCCGCAAGUGGCAGACACCAGAUACUCCAUAUCAAUGACUGUGGAACCGGUAAGUCGGUUGGAUUUGUGGUACCACUAGAGGGAGACCCUAACCUUCUGGUUGUUGGCCUGGGUCGCUCGUUAGCCGUAGUAGAGUGGUCCCCUAAUGAUGUAGAUGACAAGACCGUGGAUCCCAAGGUUGUCCUUCAGACAGUAGAUGAAGGAAAUCCUACUAAUCGCUUCAACGAUGGGAAGUGUGAUCCCUGUGGAAGGCUUUGGGCGGGUACAAUGGGCUAUGAAACUGUACCAGGACAACCAGAUUUACACAAAGGUUCACUGUUCUCACUGGAUUCAAAACUGUCUAUCUCACAAUGCUUACAAAAGAUUUCCAUUUCCAACGGAUUAGCUUGGACCCAUGAUAGGAAAACAUUCUACUAUAUAGAUUCCUUGGAAUAUUCUGUGGAUGCUUUUGACUAUAAUGAAACUACAGGUGAAAUUGAAGGGCAACUGAACAUAGUACAGGCAGUCCCCGGGUCAGGACGGGUUCGGCUUACGACAUUCCAAGGAAAUCGACGCAAAGUUUUGGAUUACAAGUCAUCAGGGUUGGCUAAGGACAUUCCAGAUGGUAUGUGCAUAGAUGUUGAUGGAAACCUCUGGGUAGCAAAUUUCUAUGGGAAAAAGGUAAUCUGCAUUGAUCCAAGAGCAGGGAAAAUUAUCCAAACUAUUGAAAUGCCAGCACAAAAUAUGACUUCAGUGUGCUGGGGAGGACCAAAUUACGACAUUCUCUAUGCAACUUCUUCUAGAACUGGUGUUUCUCCAGAUGAUCCAAAUGCUAAGUAUGGAGGAGCAACAUUUGCCAUCACUGGACUUGGUACCAAAGGCCAGAAGCCAAGUCACUUCAGAGUUGACUUACAAUUGUUGAGAACAAAAUACAACAAAUAGAGAACCACAAA